AGACAGCACUGGCUCUGAUCCGUCGACGUGCUUCUCUACUUAGCUUAGCGGUGUAUUUCCUGAGAAGACGUAGGCUGCACAGCAACAUAUCAGGGUCCGUCUUGUGAUCAUCACUUUUCCUCCCAACUCCCUUUCCUGGUUUUGCUUUUUGUUUAAUACUUUUUUUUUUUUUUUUAUAAUUUUGGUGAAGCGUUCAAAAGUUGCCACCCCGAAGCGGCAACCAGUUUUUUGAUGGUCUGGGGUCAGUCUGUACCCACCGUCGGACACAAGCCUUGUAGGUCGAGCAGAUCACAGGAAGAAACAUGAGUAAGGCCAGUGGGAUAAAAGGGCCCAGCAAGAUAGGGAGACCGCCUGGGACAGCGGCCCCUAAGACCAACCCCAGCUCAGCAGGAUCUAAAGUUGCUGCAACCAACAAACCGGCUCCAGACGCCAGUGCAGAAGAUGGUGCCGGGGAGAGCUUCCAGGUUGGAGAGCGAGUCUGGGUUAAUGGGAAUAAGUCAGGCCACAUACAAUUUUUGGGAGAGGCUCAGUUUGCACCAGGGCAGUGGGCAGGGAUCGUUCUGGAUGAGGCAAUUGGGAAGAAUGAUGGCUCAGUGGCAGGGGUGCGCUACUUCCAGUGUGAUGCCCUGCGAGGGAUAUUUACCCGCCCAUCCAAGUUGUCUCGCACAGAGGGGGAGGCUAAUGGAACUCUGACGGCACCCCCCUCCCGCGCUUCUUCACCCACUCCUUCAGUUAGUAGCGUCGCCUCACAUACACCCGCCACAAAAUCAACAUUACCCUCAACUACCACAUCAACCAAGAAGACCUCCUCCACUGCGACACCAGCAACACCAGUGACACCAGCGACACCGGUGACACCAUCUAACCUCACACGCACAAACAGUGAAUCUGUCUCCAACCUCUCUGAGACUGGAUCCGUCAAGAAAGGGGAAAGGGAACUGAAGAUGGGCGACAGAGUAUUGGUCGGUGGCACAAAGGCAGGAGUGGUACGUUUCCUUGGAGAAACCGAUUUUGCCAAAGGCGAGUGGUGCGGUGUGGAAUUGGAUGAGCCCUUAGGAAAGAACGACGGGGCCGUGGCAGGCACAAGAUAUUUUCAGUGCCAACCGAAGUACGGCUUAUUUGCUCCAGUGCACAAAGUCACACGCAUCGGCUUCCCUUCCACCACGCCAGCCAAAGCAAAAACAACGGUUCGGAAAGUAGUGGCCACACCAACUGGGCUGAAGCGCAGCCCGAGUGCCUCCUCUAUCAGUAGCAUGAGCUCUGUGGCGUCCUCUGUCAGCGCCAAGCCCAGCCGCACAGGCCUGCUAACAGAGACAUCAUCACGGUAUAAUCGUAAGAUUUCCGGCACCACCGCCCUGCAGGAGGCGCUGAAGGAGAAGCAGCAGCACAUCGAGCAGCUUAUGAAUGAAAGGGACACGGAGAGAGCUGAAGUCGCCAAGGCAACAGGCCACGUUGGAGAGAUGGCGCAAGAAAUGGGCCUGCUCAGGGACGAUCAGGAGCAGAUGGAGACCAAGAUGGAUCAGUUGAGAGUCUUGGUAGAAGCUGCAGACAAAGAGAAAGUGGAUCUGCUGAAUCAGCUGGAAGAGGAGCGAAGAAAAGUGGAGGACCUUCAGUUCCGCGUGGAGGAAGCGUGCAUCACCAAAGGAGACCUGGAGACGCAGACCAGACUGGAGCAUGCCCACAUUAAGGAGCUUGAACAGAGCCUACUCUUUGAAAAGACCAAAGCUGAGAAACUCCAAAGAGAGUUAGAAGACAAUAGGGUUGCUACUGUGUCAGAAAGAUCCCGUAUUAUGGACCUUGAGAGGGACCUUUCACUACGAAGCCGAGAUGUAGCGGACCUGCAGCUGCGUCUCGGGUCCCAACAGGGCUCUGAAGACUCAAACUCUACCCUUUCUCCCCUUCUGGAAGAGAUAAACUCUCUGAGGGAUCAGCUAACUUCCCAAGAAACAAAGCAGAAAGAAGAACUCGCAAAGUACAAGGCGAAGUUAGAAGCCCAAGAAAAGAGCCACAGUGAGGCAGCCGCCCAGCUUCAGGCUGCGUCCGUCCGGCUCUCUGGUGAACACGAGCAGCUCCAGAUGCGCUUAAGCCAGGCUGAGAAAGAGAACGCUGACAAAAUUGAUCUGUGGCGUUCCAAGUUAGAGUCUUCCAUCGCCUCUCAUCAGCAAGCCAUGGACGAGCUAAAGGUAUCUUUUAGCAAAGGUGCUGGGGCCCAGGCAGAAGAACUUAUUGAAACCAAAAGUGCACUUGAAAGGCUGAAGGUAGAGCACCCGUUGGCUCUAGAGGAGGCUGGUGCCACACAUGAGGCCGAUGCUGCAGCUUGGACUCGGGAGAAGCAGGCGCUGAAGACAAAGCUGUCGUCUUUGAUUGAUGAUAAGGAGCGACUGGAGGAUUCUCUACGGUCCAGCGUUGAAAGAGUAGAGGAGCAGCACCUGGUGGAGAUGGAGGAUGUUCUUGGAAAACUUCAUGCUGGCGAACUUAGGGUGAAGGAGCUUGAGGAUAAAGAAACCAUGUUGGCACAACAGGCCCAAGACAAGGAUAGAGAAACCAAAGAGCAGAUGUCAGAGAUAGUGGCUCUGCGCAGCCAAGUAGCACAAGGUAACCAGGGACUUGUCACCCUGAAGAGUCAAAUGGAGCUGGUUCAGAACCAAGGGAACAGCCAGGAUUCAAAGGUUAGUGAAUUGAGCUCACAGGUGGAGUGCGGACAGCAGGAAGUCCUCUCUUUAAAGCAGACUCUGACCACUGUACAGCAGGAGAAGGACGCCCUGGAACAGGAGCUUGGAGGCAUGAAACAAAAGAUGGCUGACAGCACAGAGGAUCAGACUAACUCAUCAAACACUAUGCAAGAAACACUUGAGAAGCUCAGUCAGAAGGAAGAGCAGUGCACUUCUCUGACCACCGAGUCAGAGUCUUUAAGAAGUCAGCUUUCCGGCCUGGAGAGAAAGCUGAAGGCUGCAGAUGAAAAGCUUGAGCAGCUUUCAAAGGACAAAUGCAAGCUGGAAAAUGAUAUUUCAGACAUGAUGAAGACAUCUGGCGAUAGUUCAGUACAGCUGACAAAAAUGAAUGAAGAUCUCAUGCAAAAAGAAAGGAGGCUUGAGGAGUUACAGAGUCAACUAACAGAGGAGAAGGAGAAGGCGGCACACUCAAAUGAACAACUGCAGCAAGAACAGACCCGCAAAGAGCAGGAGCUGAAAGAGACCAGAGACGCUCAUCAGGCUCAAAUGAGUAGCCUUCAGGACAACAUUACUAACCUGGAGAAGGCUGUAAAACAGAGUGAGACCUUAGUUGAGGAGCUAAAGGAGACGCAAGAGAAAUCCUCCUCUCAGGCUUCAGAGCUCCAUGCAAAGGACCUUGGGGUUCUUCAGAGUCAGGUAGACACGGUGAAGCAGGAGCUCUCCUCCUCCAAGGACAAGACCAAAGAGCUGGAGAAUUUGGUUUCUGAGUUGCAGACUUACAAAGAACAGGCUAAGUGUCUUUCUGCUGAGCUUGACUCCCACAAGCAUGAUGUUGAACAGUUGUCCAAAAAUAUGGAAAAGCAAAAUCUAGAUCUGGAAAAUAGAUGUAAGGAAAGUGAAGAUGUUAAGGCGGAGAAAAGCAAACUGGAGAAACAGCUUUCAGAUGUUCAGACCAAGCUCUCUGCCCUUGAGAUUAGUCACCAGGAGCUUUCAGUCCAGACUGAAGAACUGUUAUUAACCGAGAAAAAGCUCUCUAAACAUCAAGAGGAACUACUUGCCAACAACAAAUCCUCAGCUGACGAAAGGAAUUCAUUGAACACCGAGUUGAAGCAGCUCAAAGAUCUUCUUCAGGCUGAAAACAAAAAACUGGAGCAUGCUGAAGGUGAACACCAGGCCCAAGUCAAGGAGCUUCAAAGACAACAUGAAGAGAAGAAUGACUUGCUCCUAAAGUCUCAGCAGCAAAUUGAGGCUAAAAAGAAGCAACUAAAUGAAGACUAUGAAAAAGUCUGCAAAGACAAGAACCGACUCGAAGAUGACCUCAAUGAAAGCAGGUCAAAGCUCACAAGUGAAAAGGACAAUCUCAUUUUAGAAAGAGAUUCUGCUAGAAAUGCCAAAAAGUCUCUUGAUGCUAAGAAUGCGAAGUUGCAGGAAAAACUCAAGUCCUUGAACUUAGAAAAAGAAGAUCUUACGAUGAAGAACACUCAGCUGCAGGCCCUCACAGAAACACUUGAAAAAGACAAAGUAGAGAUGUCUUCUGAAUUCAGUGCUGCUGUUUUGGAAAAACAGAGCCUUGCAACGCUAAAGGAGGAACUCCAGAGUAAGCUCCAUGUUACCAAGAAAGACUUCGAGAGCUCUGUCCGUGAAUGUGAAGAACAUAAAGCCUCCAAAACCAGCCUGGCCCAGAUGCUGGAAGAGUUCAAGACCAACAGUCAGGUGACUGAUUCUGAGAGGCUUCACCUUCUGCAGGAGAAAGAAGAACUGGUUGCAAACCAAAGGAAAGUCUGUAAUGAAAAGGAAGGGCUCCUCAAAGACAUAGAAGAAUUCAAGGAGAAGCUUCAAGUCUCUACAGAACAACUGUCAAAGUCCAACGAGAAACUUAAAGAAGCAUUAUCAUCGUUUGAGCAAGAGAAGCAAACGUUUCGCCUUCAGAGUUCUGAAAUUGAGAUGUCUCUACAUGUUGUACGAAAAGAAAACAUGAGCCUGGAUUCGGCAAUAGAGCAGCAGAAAAUGGAUUAUGAGCGUUUAGCGGGAGAGAAGGGAGAGUUGGAAGAGAAGCACACUAAAACCCUAUCUGAGAGUAAUGCUCUUUCUCUAGAGCGUGAUAAGCUAGCUAGUGAAAUCCGAACAAAUAGAGACCAGUUGGAUAGUAACUCCAAAACUAAUGAUGCCGUUGUUCAAGAGAAGUCUCAUCUAACAACAAUGCUAGAGGAAAGCAAACGUCAAAAAGACCAAAUUGAAGCAGAGAUGAACUCAUUGAAACGAGAAAAGGCUGACUUACAAAAUGAGCUUCAGAAACACAACUCUGAUAUUGAAACUCUUGAAAAUGGCAAAGCAGAACUUAUUCAAGAGCACAGUAAACUAAAAACAGAUUUUGAGAAGGCUAAUUCUGAACUUGUUAAACAGGUUGAUAACCUUUCUAAAGAUAGUCAGGGUCUGAAGUCGUUGCAGGCUGACACCGACAACAAAGUGCAGUCCUUGCAGAACGAGAAUCAGCGUCUGCUUCAAGAGAUCCAAGAGUUAAAAAGUAAGAUCGAAUCGAUAUCAGGGGCCAAGCUACUUCUUGAGGCCCAGCUACAGACUGAGUCUAGUGAACGCAAUUCAACUAAAUCUGACAAGGAGGGUCUCUCCAAACAAAUUGAGGAGCUGAAGAAAACGUUGUCUAAGGUCACAGAGGAAAAUAAAGAGAUUUCUUCUAACCUUAGGAAUACUGAUGAGCAAAACAAGUCUUUUGUCAUGGACGCAAAGGUAUUCAAAACGCAAUUGAAGCAGCGAGAGCAAGAAACUAGUCAGUUGACAACAGAUAAAGAACAGCUAUCAUCUAAGCUUGAGGAUAUAGGCAAACAGAUGACCUCGCUGACCACAGAGAAGGAAGACCUUUUAGCUGCAAAGUGUCAAUUGGAGCAGAACAAUUCUUCUCUCAACACAAGCCAAGAAACCUUGCAUGCAGAACGGUCAAAACUCCUCGGGGAAAUGGAGAAGAUGCACGCUAACCAGAGACAACUAGAGAUUGAUGUCAAGGACCUACAAAUCAAUAAAGAAGUUUUGGAUAAACAAUACCAGAGUGCUGUCGCAGAGGUGUCUGCUUCCUCUGUUGUUAAAGAAGAGAUUUCCUCCAGCAUCUCAAAUCUAGCCUCUCAGAAGGAGGCCCUGCAGGUGGAGAGAGAUGAAGCCCAGCAGCAAGUCAGGAAGCUGGAGUCCCAACUAAAAAAUGCCAUUUCUAAGCAGCUUGAGGUAUUCCUCCUCCAACUAAUACUACUGCACCCCAACUUGGCGGCCCCCUCACCCUCCCCCGGUCAUCCACCUCCGCCCGCCAGGGAGCUGCAGCCUUUUGGACACCCCUGCCUUAGAGGUCAGUUCUGUGUGAAGGGGGCCCCAAUGAAAGGAAAUAUUCUACUCGUGUUUUUCUUCUGUCUUCCAGGUGAUGAAGUUUUGGAGCAACUAAGGGACGACAAGCAGAGCGCAGAGGCAGCGAUCGAGUUCCUCAAUUCAGUCAUCGUUGACCUUCAGAAGAAGAAUAAGGAACAGAAGGCAGACUUGGAGACAAUGGCUGCUGCUGCUCUGAAUGGAAAUAAUCCAAGUGAGCUGGAUAACUAUGAUGACCACGAUAAUCAACCCACAAAGAAGAAGCUUCCUCCAAGACUUUUCUGUGACAUCUGCGACUGCUUCGACCUCCACGACACCGAGGACUGUCCCACACAGAUGCAGAUGCCCGACUCUCCUCCACACACCGCCUACCACGGCGCUAAGGGCGAGGAUCGGCCAUACUGCAACAUCUGCGAGGUCUUUGGCCACUGGACCGAAUCCUGUAACGAUGACCAGACCUUUUAAGCCUUUUUUUCCCACCCUCGUUUUCCACCCUCGUUUCGCACAAUCAGUACAUUUGCACAUCAUGUUAAAUUUACGCUGUGCUUUAUGGGUUUGGGUUUGUACGUGUGCAUUUGUGUGCUUGAUUUUGCAAAGCAUAUCUGUCGUCCUUAAGCGCUCUUAUGGGAGAACGUCCUCCUCAGAAUCCCUUCAUACAAAAAAACCUUCAGAGAUAAUCAUUUUCAGCGGUUAACUGUUUGUAUCUGUAAAACAUUUUGAUAUCCUGGGCGUGUGUGAGUGAGAAGAUGCUGCGGGGGAUGUUUCAUGGUGGGAGAAGCGAUGAUCUUAUCAUUUAAUUUAUCAAUAUCCUAACAUUGUUUGCACAGCUUGUUGGGGGCUACAAGAUAAUAUAGUAUCAUAAGAGGUGUUUAUUUGAAACUGUAAAUUACUUUAUUGAAAAAAUAUCAGUUUGCGCAAAAAAUUGGUGAGCUAUAGUUUAUUUUUUUAUGCCUGGAAAUAUGAUGUACUCUUUAAAGGUUAAAUAGUAUGUGUGUAGUUUUGUGAAAGGUGAUCACAGGGAGAAACUUUCUCUCUUCCUGGAGUGCAGCGGAGAAACCCAGUGCUGAUGGCUUUAAUGGGAACGUUUUGUAUGGUCUUCAUGAAGGAGCUGAUGGACGAUUGCUUGAAAAGAAGCAGUGAAAGCACUUCAAACUCAGUUCCCGUGAAAUGCCCUUUCCAAAAGGUUUCUUUGCAAUUUAAAAGAGCAUUUCUCUACGAAACAAUAAAUACUUUGGUAUUUAUUUUCAAAUGUUUUGAAUAUCUGUAUUAAAAAUAAAUGUAUGUAUAAAUUAAA